CGGCGGCGGCGCGGGGCAUGGUCCCCGGAUCCGAAGGCCCGGCUCGGGCCGGGGGCCUGGUCGCCGAUGUGGUGUUUGUGAUCGAGGGGACAGCAAACCUGGGGCCGUACUUCGAGGAGCUCCGCAAGCACUACCUGCUGCCCGCCAUAGAGUACUUCAACGGGGGACCACCUGCAGAGACGGACUUCGGAGGAGACUAUGGUGGAACCCAGUACAGCCUUGUGGUGUUCAACACAGUGGACUGCGCUCCCGAGUCCUAUGUACAGUGUCAUGCUCCUACCAGCAGUGCCUACGAGUUUGUCACCUGGCUCGAUGGCAUCAAGUUCACAGGCGGGGGUGGUGAGAGCUGCAGUCUCAUUGCUGAAGGGCUCAGCACUGCCCUGCAGCUCUUUGAUGACUUCAAGAAGAUGCGUGAACAGAUUGGCCAGACCCACCGAGUCUGUCUCCUCAUCUGCAACUCGCCCCCAUACCUACUGCCUGCUGUGGAGAGCACCACGUACUCAGGCUGUACAACGGAGAGCCUGGUGCAGAAGAUAGGAGAGCGAGGUAUCCACUUCUCCAUCGUUUCCCCAAGGAAGCUGCCAGCCCUUCGGCUUCUCUUUGAGAAGGCGGCUCCUCCUGCUCUACUGGAGCCUUUGCAGCCACCAGCAGUUGUCAGUCAGGACCCUAGGCACAUGGUGCUUGUGCGUGGGCUAGUGCUGCCUGUUGGUGGCAGCUCGGCCCCAGGCCCUCUGCAGCCCAAGCAAGCAGUCCCCCUGCCUCCAGCUCCAGCUUCAGCUGCCCCACUCUCAGCAGCCCCCCCGCAGGCUCUGCCCCCUGUUCCUCCACAGUACCAGGUCCCUGGGAACCUCAGUGCUGCUCAGGUGGCUGCGCAGAAUGCUGUGGAGGCUGCCAAGAGCCAGAAGGCCGGGCUGGGCCCGCGCUUCUCACCCGUCAACCCUCUCCAGCAAGCCGCUUCAGGAGUGGGGCCCCCCUUCAGCCAGGCCCCAGCCCCCCCAUUAGCUCCUGGGCCCCCUGGAGCUCCCAAGCCACCUCCUGCCUCACAGCCUAGCCUGGUCUCCACUGUGGCCCCUGCACAGCCUGGGGCCUCGUCUAUGCAGGCAGGCACUGUGGCCCCAGGUGGGGUCAGUGGUCCUUCACCAGCCCAGCUUGGAGGUCCUGCACUUGGUGGGCAACAGUCCGUAUCCAACAAGCUCCUAGCCUGGAGCGGCGUCCUCGAGUGGCAGGAGAAACCCAAGCCUGCGUCCGUGGAUGCCAACACCAAGCUGACGAGGUCUCUGCCUUGCCAGGUCUACGUGAACCAUGGAGAAAACCUGAAGACCGAGCAGUGGCCGCAGAAACUGAUCAUGCAGCUCAUCCCUCAGCAGCUGCUGACCACCCUGGGCCCGCUGUUCCGGAACUCGAGAAUGGUUCAGUUUCACUUCACCAACAAGGACCUGGAGUCCCUCAAAGGCCUCUACCGUAUCAUGGGCAAUGGCUUUGCAGGCUGCGUGCACUUCCCACAUACAGCCCCAUGCGAGGUGCGCGUGCUCAUGCUCCUGUACUCCUCUAAGAAGAAGAUCUUCAUGGGCCUCAUCCCCUACGACCAGAGCGGCUUUGUUAACGGCAUCCGCCAGGUCAUCACCAACCACAAGCAGGUCCAGCAGCAGAAGCUGGAGCAGCAGCGCGGGAUGGGGGCACAGCAGGCACCUCCAGGCCUGGGCCCCAUUCUGGAGGAGCAAGCGAGGCCCCCGCAGAAUCUACUACAGCUCCGUGCACCUCAGCCUCAGGGUGCUGUGGGAGCUUCUGCGGCUACAGGGCAGCCCCAGCCCCAGGGUACUACCCAGGCCCCCACAGGGGCACCUCAAGGUCCUCCUGGAGCAGCCCCUGGCCCACCUCCUUCUGGACCCAUCCUGAGGCCUCAGAACCCUGGGGCCAAUCCCCAGCUGCGGAGCCUUCUCCUUAACCCAGCACCGCCCCAGACUGGGGUACCCCCACCCCAGGCCUCCCUACACCACCUACAGCCUCCAGGGGCCCCUACAUUGUUGCCACCACAUCAGAGCCUGGGGCAGCCCCAGCUGGGGCCACAACUCCUGCACCCUCCACCUGCCCAGUCUUGGCCCACGCAGCUUCCCCAGCGGGCACCACUGCCAGUGGCCAAACGAAAGAGAGAAGGAGAGGGCCGCGUGUUUCGAGAAAAAUGGGAGCGAGACUAUUUCUUUGUGGAAGUGAAGAGCAUGCCUACGUGCUUAAUAUGCAAAAAAAACGUGUCAGUGCUGAAAGAGUACAACCUGAAGCGUCACUAUGAGUCCCAGCACAGUAAGAGCUACGAUCAGUACACCGCGCAGAGCCGCGACACGCUCCUGCAGGAACUGAAAAGGGCCCUCAGAGCCAGCGAGGCGCUGGAGAGCCGGGAAUAGCCAUACAGUGCAGUGAAGAACUCCUGUGUUCUGAAGAACUGUCAUCAAGGCUGUCCUGUGCGUCUGACAAGCUUUUGCAGGCUGAAGCGCACAGGUGUCAGAGGCCUUACAGAUCCAGUUGCCUGAUGCACAGCUGUGGCCUUUUGGUGGCUGCACAGAAACUCUGAGCACAUGGUUAGCUUUAUUUAUUUGUGGUGGUGGUGAUCUCCAUGCAACCGAGGCAGUCUGUGAGGUGGCACCAAGCCAGCCUCUGACUUUGCAGUGACUUGCUCCUGUGCAUGCAAACACAGAAUUCAUAAGCACAACUACAGUCCCAUCAGGCUGUCCAUCAUGAGGGCUGUCCCAUACCGCGAUCCCUGUUUGCAAGGGCCCAGGUCAAGUCCUAGUCUCAGUAACCAGGAAUUGAGAUGCUCAAAGAAACACCAUGACGCCUUGACUCUGGCAUUCCUGUCCUUGAACUGAGCCAAUUGCCUGAGACCAGGACAUGCAGCGAGUCUGAACUGGCAUGUUUGGUUCAUUUCAAAUCAUGCAGAACCAUGCCCUGGUUCUCUGGAGGUCAGUUAGAAACCUUUGGAUGAAGUUCCCACCCUGUGAACAUGGACUUUGUCUCAGAAGGGACAUUCACGCAGCUCCUGAAUGUGUGAGUGGUGUGGUCCGGCAGAUGUGCUCCGUUGUGAGGAGCCGUGGGACUGCCUACCUUUGCUGCAGCUGGUUUCUGGAAAUGAGAGGCGGCCAGGACCAGUCACCCACACUGUGAGACCCAUGACCAAGUCCCCCGAGGGCCAUAUUCUACUUGAACCUGAGCUAACACUGACUAGCUCGCCCUUAUGAUGAUGUGAACGCAGACCCUGGUCCAAGUUGCAGUGCAACAGGGUGCUUGCAAUUCUGCAAGAUGGUGAGGUUCCUUUGCCUCUGCCCAGCAGUGUCCUGAGUGUGUGGCUGCCCAUGGUUGUGACAGUCACUGUUUUCCGUUACAUACCUAAAUCAAAAACUCCGUUUUAAGGAUUAAGGUUGAAAUUUCACCUGCCCGUCUCUCUGUCCCAGCCAGUGCCAGCACUGACAUCUGGGUGUAGAAGGGCAGGUGUCAACCUUCCACUCAAAAGGCACAAGAGAAUUACAAGAGAGAAAUUUUAAUAACUAAAUAUUUCUAUUUUUCAAUUUGUAUUUUUUCAAUUUUGAAUUUACAGUAUGAACUCUAGUGUCAUACAUGUUUGUGUUGUGUUCCAUGCGUUCACCAUAGCUCAGUAAAGAUCCAAUUUGAUUAUC